UAGUGCAUGCGAAACUAAUGAGAUAUAUACUUUAUGCAAGAGAUUAGAGUGGAAAUUUCUGAAGUUUAAGCGAAACAUACUUCGACACGUCUCUUUAGACAAAGAUGGAUCGUUCCUUUGGUACAAAAUUAAACACAGUUCUCGAAGACAUUGGGGUAUCAAAGGAUCUAAUAUGGAAACGAAGAAGGACAUUCAUGAUGCGGGAAUAUUUAGUUAACCACUCAGCCGUACUGCGGAGUGUAGACCAAGUGAAGAUCUUCUUUUUUGGGAGCCAAAGCGAAGGUACCACUACUGUUGGUAUGAUGUCUGAUACGGAUCAGCUUGAGUGUAUUAACCACUGGGAAGUCAUCCUUUCCAUGGAAGACUGGACAUAUGGGAAAAUAAAUUUGCUAGUAUUGAAAGAUGAAACAUCGCCACCUCAGUACUGCAAUUUACAAAGGUUUCGAUACGACCAACCAUUGCCCUACACAGAUGAUACAAUGCAAGAUCAUAUUCGUGACAGCCAAGGAAGAAUACUCUUGCAAAACACGUACAUUUACAACUACAGACUCAAGCAUAUUGCCGAAACAUUACAAAUAAGUUUCACAAGACAUGGUCCAGCGAGAACUUCAACCCGGAAUGAAUACGAAAUAGACGUUGUUGGAGCGUUUCACUGUGCCAAAUUACCAGAAGAAUGCCAGAGUAUAUUUAAACGACCAAGACCUGGUCAUUGGCCCCGAAGAGAUACCCUAGAGAAAGCGAAAUCACUGGGAACGUUUCUUGUGGCCCAAGGCUCGUCAGAGUCCAUCAAUUCAAAACUGGAAUGGAGAUGUUCAACCUCGUUGAUAGAAAGGGCAAUCAUGUUUGAUCUAGGAACGGUUCAUUUGAAAACGUUUGUGCUGUUGAAGAUACUAAGGAAAACAAUUUUCAAACCUGUAGUUGGGGACAGGCUGAGUACAUUUCACUUCAAAACAGCACUGUUUUUCACAGUAGAGAGUAAUCCACCAGAUAUUUGGUUAGAAACGAACAUUCCCGAAUGCGCUAUCAGAGUACUAACGACUAUGCACCGGUGGUUGAAAUGUGGGUUUUGUCCAAAUUUUACGACUGAGAAUGUUAACCUUUUCACUGGAAAAAUCCAACAUUACGAAAGGCCAAAAUUGAGCGAGAUGAUCAUGGGUAUCAUUGAAAACUUUGAAACGUGUGUGUAUCACAUAACAUUGGAAAAAGUUCAGGAUAGAAUGCUGGAACUUGAUGGAUUUGUUAACAUCGAAAUGAAAACGCCAAUGCCAUCCCGACAAAAGAAUCAUUGUGAAUGCGCAAAACAAAUAUUUUUCAAUUUCCUUUACAUACUUGAAAUGCGCUGUAUUAGUUAUAUUGGAGCUCAGAAUGACUUUUCAAAAAAUCCCCAGCAGAGAAGCCAAACAGGGAUCAGGUUUUAUUCAAUGGAACAAGAAUAUUUAGAAAUGCUUUCUAACCAUUCAGAUGAUAUCGUAAUUAGGACGUUUUCAAUGCUGAAUCCAUUCCUUAUUUCAUUAAAUGAAUCUGUAAAACUGGCAGCUAAAAUAGACAAUCAUGAGAGAAUAGCGGCAAAUGAUAUCUUUGAAAGAUUUGUCAUCCCGAACGACAGGGCACCUAUUUCAAGCCUUUUGAAAUGUGCAUCAAUUUGCAUUUCUUGCCGCCAUUUUGAAAAAGCAACAGACAUUCUGAACUACGUUGAAGGCUUAAUCAAACCUUAUGUUGUUCAGUUUUCUGGCUGCUAUCAAAGAGAAAAUCCGAAAUUCAAUGAUGAAUUCCACUCACGUCUGUUGGAAAAUAUCGAAAAUGACGAGCAUCUUCUGAGGUCAUCAGUUGCAAUAAGUGUCAAGUUUAGUCGCCUUGAAACUCCUUGCGUUCCAAAGCAUCUGGUUUUUGAAAUGUACAGAACGUUCAGAGAAGUGGACAAGAGAUACAGACAUCCUCAUAGCGAUGUCUGGAUGGAUGCGGCCGUUAUCGACGCCAUACCAUUUAUGUACUAUUUGCAGUAUCUGGCGUACAAAAGGCUUAAUCUUCCUGAACUUGCAGAAGACGCACUUACAGCACUAUUUAACUACGUGCAAGGUACAGAAGAUGAUUUCAGAAUAGGCCAUACAGAGACAUCUUGGAGUUUAUUAGGCCAUUGUUUUGAAAUGGAGGGCGAUCUGAAGCGUGCUUGGAAAUUGUAUAGAAACUCGAUUCAUCUUUUUCCAUUCAACAAUGCUGCAAAUUGGCAUAUCCUGAGACUGCUUAAUGAUCACAUCAAUGGAGUUUUUGUUGACCAUUGAAAAAAUGACAAAUGAACCGUUCAUUCACCAGUUACAGCUUCGAAAUAGUGCUGGUAUACUUGAUAAUCAGCUGCUUUUCUAUCAUCGAAAACAUUGUUGAUAAUCAUUAGAAAGAUUUAAUUGAUUUUAGUAAAAGUUACAUAUCCGUAAAUAGCAUACAACUCCGUAAAAAUGUUCCAAUGUAUAGCAGUCGAGCACUGUCAAUCGUAUAAUCUUUUUAAUAGCUGAAUAAAUAACUUACA